AUGGCAACUACUAGUACUGCUACUCCAACAGACGAGCAUGUGUCCUUGAAGCUUCUUUUGAAUGAAAAGGGUAACAAAGUUUUGUUUGCUGAAGCAGGUAAGGACUUUGUGGACAUUCUUUGCAGCUUCUUAACAAUGCCUUUAGGAACUGUUGCUAGACUUGUUGAGAUGAAAUCAAGCAUAGGGCCAGUCACAGUUGGUUUUCUAAACUCACUCUAUCAAAGUGUGGCUGAUCUUGAUGAAAGUUGUUUCUGCAAUGACACAAUCAAACAAAUGCUGCUCCAACCAAUUAACUCUGCUGAAGAUUAUUGCAACACUCUUAAACUCAACAUUGAUGACACUCAGCCAACAAAGUACUUUGCAUUUUUCCUUAAACAAUCCCAUCAAGGAUUUGUUAACUGUGUUACUACUUUUGUUAUAACGGAUGAUCUCACUGUCAUGCCAAACGGCAUUGACUAUACAAGCCUCAGUCUGCUGCAGGAAUAUGGCAUAACAAAUCCUAGUUCCGUUAAAGAAAUAGUUCUGAAUGUUACUAAAGAAAAGGUAGUUGAUCUCUUAAAGCAUUCUUUGCUUUCCUCCUCAACUUUGACAGACUUGUUUUUAAGAAAGAAACCAUCUCCGGGGAGAUCAAUGUUUUUCUUUCCUGAUGGUGAAAGUAGCUGCAAAAUUAAAAUCACUGUGAAGUUAGUUAUAAGAAAAUCGGAUGGAAAGUUAUUGUAUGCUCAAGGGGAACAAGAUUUUGCAAACAUGCUUUUGAACUUUCUUACUUUUCCUUUGGGAAUAAUUGCACAAAAAUUUGGAAAGAUUUGUUCCGUGGGCAACAUCAACAGAUUGUACAAGAGUAUAGCUGAUUUGAAUGAAUACAAGUAUUUUAUGUCAAUAAAUGCUAAGUUCAGGCUUGCUUGUCCUUGCAUUGACUCAGUGUUAACGUUAAGCAAGCAGAUAUUAACAGUUGUUGAUCCUGAUUACAGUAAUACUCUCGUUCAGUUUUUGAUUCACGGAGGUGACAAAAGGAUAUUUGAGGGAAAAAUAAAGAAAAUGAGUAUUGCAACUCUGGGCAGCUGUAACGAUGGUUAUAUGAAGGGUCCUGAUAUGUAUGUUGUCACUGAUGAUUUGGUCGUUGCACCAUUGUCACCAAUAUCAUCUUUAUGUUUACUUAACCAAUUGAAGACUCCUCUUACUGAUUUAAAGGAAAAAGUUGUUGUCAUUGGCUUCAAAGAGUGUCUUCGCAUUUUGAUGGCUUCUUUGACUUCAUCAUCCGCCCUAACAAAUGGUUUGGCUCACUUGCUAACUGAAGUUAAGGAGGAGAAAUGA